UUGAACCAGUCACUCCUGGAGUGGCACUUGCAGAUACCUGUUUAACUUGCCUCUGACACAUUGCCUCUCUCUCGGUGCUCUCUGAGGACUGCCUCACUUCAUCAGAUUCUGGAUUUUGCUUUGGAGACAGCAACAUAAUUUCCCUGACAAGCCAAUGUGGAAAGACCUGCUGGAGGAUCGUUGUUCCUACCAGCAACUCUAAACCAGUGUGUCUGAGAACCCACCCACUGAAGGAGUUCUGCAAUGCUCACAGCCGUCUGUGGUUCUCUUGGCAACCAGUGCUCAGAGACACCCCGUUCCUCUCCAACCCACUUGGAACUGCAGCCUCUGCAGACCUAUCAGCCCCACACCAGCCCAGAGAGCGGGGGAGAUUUCCCAUCCCCUCUGCAGCCCACGGAACUCCAGCACUUGCCUUUGGCUGGGCCUGACACAGAGUAUUCGGGCAAUACUGGUUAUGAGCUGCAUGGGGCUUCAAGGUUAGACCUGGACGGCGAAAACCAGCUGCCCCCCGGCUCGUACUCUAAGCUCCUGCAGGCAGCACCAGAUAUGGCUCACCACUAUGAACCUUGGUUCAGGCCUACCCAUCCUAACAGUGGCACUGAUGAUGGUGGUGUUAAUCCAUGGUGGGAUCUCCAUGCUGGAUCCAGCUGGAUGGACCUUCAGAGUGGUCUCCAGCCACCAGGUCACACAGGUGGACUUCAACCAGCGCUGGGUGGCUAUAGCUCUGCUGAACAUCAGCUCUGUGGUCCUCCUCACCACCUGUUGCCUUCAGUGCCACACCUCAUGGGCCAGGAAGUGAUCAAGACACUGGAUUCUACUCAGGAGCCUCACCCAAUGGAGCAGACCGGGGAUGGUAGUGGUAGGCCAAAGAGUUCAAGGCGCUCAGUGACCCGGAGUUCUGGCCAAACUGCCUGCAGGUGCCCUAAUUGCCAAGAGGCUGAAAGGGUGGGCCAGUGCCUUGACAACUCCAAGAAGAAGCACCUCCACAACUGUCAUAUCCCAGGCUGUGGCAAGGCCUAUGCCAAGACAUCCCAUCUGAAGGCCCACCUGAGGUGGCACAGUGGUGACCGCCCCUUCGUCUGCAAUUGGCUGUUCUGUGGGAAGCGCUUCACCCGCUCUGAUGAGCUGCAGAGGCACCUUCAGACCCACACAGGAACCAAAAAGUUCACCUGUCCUGUUUGCAACCGAGUCUUCAUGAGAAGUGACCACCUGAGCAAGCACAUGAAGACGCAUGAAGGUGCUAAGGAGGAAGGAGAAGGAGAGGCCAAAGCUGGGACAGAGCCUCCUGCAAAAGUCAAACGGGAACCUGAUGGAAGCUCUUCAAGUGCUGCUUCCCAACCCAACUGAGCCUUUCUUCCUCAUCAAGGAUGCCUCCUCCCUGUGUUUCCAAAAUGGUCCCCCCUGGCCUAUUGACUUGUCUUCCUUGCUCAAGGCUCUGGGAUCACACUAUAUCCUAUAAGCCUGAACAUUAUUCUGUCUUUGGAAGGAGAGGUUAUUUAUUCCCUAGGAGGAAAGGACAAUGUUGUUGGGACAUGCUGGGAAGGGCCACACCCUUGAGCAGUUUGGGCUGGGUCUUUAUGUUGCAUAUGUGUUUGGGGAGUAUGGGAGGAAUAUUUUUGAAGGAUGAUUUCUGAGGCAGGUUGGGCUAAGUGGAAUCUUAUAGGCACAGAUAUACAUGGAGGGAUAUGGGCCUUACCUGUCUCCAUCUUGAAUGGUGGGUUAUGUGUCUUUUACACAGAGAACACACAAGUGUGUUAAUAGUUAUGGUGGAGCAUCAUUCUUUAGUUUAAGUUUGUAGAGAUUUAAGGUUUGGAUCUAGCCAUCCAAUAUUCAACUCCCAUCUCCAGGUCUCUGGUUUACUAGGUAACAAGGCUAUCCCAGUUUUGUAGGUAAAAUAGCUACCACACCUCCAUUUCCAUUAAUUGGGUGUAUUUAUUUGGAAAGAUAAUGGGCAGAAUUGUUGGCUUCUGUCCUAGAUUGCUACCUCGCUCUGCUUCCAAAGCCUGUAAGAUCCUCGACCUUAUCAACUAUGGGUGUUUUCACAAUUGGCUCUAAAAGUACUUUUCAGCAUCCCUUGUGGCAAUUUGUGGUCCUUGUGAAUGACCGUAACCUGAUAUAUCAUGCAUUACACAUUUAUUUUAAAUUUUCUUGAGGACCCAGCUGAAAUGUGGGUUUAUACACAAAUUUGGCACUUUAAGUCACCUGUGAAAAGAUACAGUAUCCAAAAUUGUAUUUCUACUCUUAACAAAAAAUGAAACAUUCAGGCUUUCUCCAGGAAGAGUGGCCAUUCCUGAUAUUAAAAAGUUAGAAACAGAGUAUGCUCCUGUAAUGGGUAUCUUCAUAACUUGUUUGUAACAUUACAGAAUGAGGGUAACAUUUAAAAAUCACCUGUGGAAACACUCUUAAGGAGUUGUAAAAUCAAAAUUAAACACAAACAGACCAGCUGCUUCCAAGCUAGGUGUUUAGUGUAGAAUAACCAUGCCUUGUUCACUCACAUUUUAUAACAAUGUCAUCCAUUUAUAAUAUUUCCAUUUUUCCCCAGUGCUUCUUCUGUCUUUUUUCCUGCCAAAGAAAGUGUGACUUUUUUUGAGGACAAAAAUGCCCUUAGUGCUACUUUAAAAAAAAAAAAAAGGUGUUGUUUUGACAUGGACAGUGAUAUAUCAGGCAGGUGAACAUGUCUGGGUACCAUUUAUAACCCUUUUUUAAAAUUAGUGCAAAGAUACUUUUCUGGGUAUAAUUUAUUUAUUUUUUAAAACACUAUCCUUAAAUGAAAGUGUUAUAGCAGUAUAACACUAUAAUGCUAAUUAAACAUAUUAAGAAGAAAACAGUUUCUAGUGACUGCCAUUUUUAAAAUGUGAUUUUUUUCCUAACUCAACAUUUCUAAACUACGCUUCUGAUCCAGUUUUUUAAAAUAUCAAAAUAGUGAAAUACUGCUUAAAUUAGAGUGUUAAAGUGCUAUGAUACUAUAAUGCUAAUUUUUAAAAAGGGGAAAAACCCUUUCUGGUCACUGCCAUUUAGCAAAGUGGUUUUUCCUAGUGAACAUACAGUAAAAGUGCAAUAUCUUCAGUAAUGUAGAGCUUGGAAAAGUUACUUUUUUGAACUACAACUCCCAUCAGCCUCAGCCAGCAUGGCCACUGGAUUGGGCUGAUGGGAGUUGUAGUUCAAAAAAGUAACUUUUCCAAGCUCUGGUAUUGCAAUUCUGCUUGUAGCUUGCAGUGGAAGAGCAAUGAUUUAAUAAUGCUAGGAACCACCUGUCUGGAAGCAGUCAUACAGUUAUUUCUAUGGAGCUAUAUUGCCAUACUGUUCAAACACUUUUUUAAAAAGGUCGUUUCUAGACCUCAUUGCUGCAAUGCAAAGCUCAAAAGCAUCUCAGCAGCUCAAAUCCAGAGAACUGUGGGGACAGCAGAAAGCUAAACUUAUACCCAUGUUUUUGUGUCUGUGGAGGAAGAGCGCCCAGUGGCUUAGGUGCAGAGAAAACAUACAUAAUGGCCUUGUUAGUGCAUAAUGCUAAGCCAAACAAUGGCUAAAUACCAACAAAACAACCAUGCUGAUGGGGUUAGAAAAUCAUGGCUGCUUUCCUCCUUCCCUGUUCCUGCUACUGGGAUAUAAGUCAUGGUUGGUUAGUGUUACGUGCAAACAUGGGUUCAUGGUUUGUCUCCCUGAAACAAACCACGCAUGGCGAACCAAGAACAAACAUUGGUUGCAGCUUGUGUUUUAUUUGGAAUGGGGGAGGAACAAAGCUGAUUCAUGCUAAGCCAUAGUUUGACUUAGAAUUAUGUGUGAAUCAAACCAUUGAGUAUGUGGGCUUAUCCACAUGGGAGCAUUACUUCGUACUAAAGACAAGUGUUUUUACCUCUGUUUUCUUUUUGCACUGUCCACAGUAAGGGCUCAAUGCCAGCUGCAAACACGUUGUUUUAUAUUCACACUGAUGGGGAGGAUCAAUCACACAGUUUCCUAAUGACUACACCCUCUAAUUUAACAUUUCCGCUCCCUCUGGUUGCUUGGCAACCAAGCAUGCUCAGUUUGUUCUACCAGCUGCAGUAGGUUCCAUUUAAAAAUAAAAUAACCCGGAAGUGUGAUUAUUUGUAUUUUCACUGGUAUGACACAGCUGAAAUACAAAUCUUUGUUUGAGCAGUGUUAUCCUUAUUGCACACAAAUUAAGGGGAAAAGAAACAUAACAGCACUGUUUGCAGCAACAUAACAAAGGCCAGCAGAACAGAGGAGAGCAGCCAGAAGUUGCUUGUCAGCCCACAGGAAAUGAAAUGAAAGAAGGGAGGAGGAGAUAGUGGGCGUGGAAAGGGGAACAAUUGACAUACCCACCUAAAAGCAUCAGAGCAAAGUGUCUGCAAGCACUAGAGAAACAGAGUGAAGAGGUUUUCUCUUUUCGUAUUAACGGAUUGAGUUAGUAUGGAUUUACAGGGAAAAAACUGGUAGCUUCUGUUUGCCAGUAACAUCAUGUGAACCAUGCGAAUUAAAAUAUGUGAGAAGCACCAAACACUCAGUAAACCACCAUGUAGAUGAGCCCUAUGAAUCACUGAUUUUGGGUACUUGCUGUAGCAGAUCAACUAUGUAAACCUAUUCUUGCACAUGAAUCCUGUUGGCUAGAUUUGGGACUGUCUUUGUUGCUCAAAAUUCUCAAAUGGUUUGAAAACAGAAAUUUUGGAUGAAGAAAUUAUGCCUUAAUCACUGACACACAAAACAUACCUGUGAUAAAAUCCAUGUCCUAAAAUUAACUCUGGUGUGCAUAGAUCUGACCACAGGUGAACUUCUGUAUUGAUAUUUCAGACAUUUUUAGCAGUGUUGCAGGAGUGCAAAAUAUUCUUUCAUUUGCAAUCCCUGUUAAAAAAUCAUCACACACAUCAGACCUAAAAAAUUGCACAAUGAAGCAAUUUUCUGCAUAUUUACUUCAUUUAUUCAAAUAGCAGUAUGUAAAGUUCCUGCUCAGAGGAACUGAUUUUGGAGGAAGGGAUUCAGAAUACACACUAUUGCUUGCAUUUUUCUUUGUAUCAGGUGGAAGAUACUCUUCUGAGAUUCCUUUUUCUGUAGCACAAAAUGUAUCACAUUCUUUGUCUACAUCCUUAGCCCACUGCAGCACCCCCAGCAAUCUCUCAGUUACCAAACAGCUUGAGACAAAAUGCAAUUUUGCAAAAGUCUUAAAUUUUGUAGAUUUCAAAAUUUGAUUUCAAAACCCCAAUUUAAAAAAAAUAAACCAACCCUCCAUAUAGGGUUUUCUUUAUUUACAUUUGGUGACAGUCAUGUUAACUAUUGUCUUGCCAAAAUUCAAUCUUUAGGAUAUGUCUAAUGUUAGUCAUACUCAGAGCAGACCCAUUGAAAUUAAUGGGCAUGACUAAAUCCAGUGAGUCGAGUUUGAAUAAAACUUUGUGCUCCUCCCCUCAGAAAAAACCCUAAAUCCAACAUCAUCCCAAUAUUAUAAUACCAUAUUCUGCUAAUUAUAUUUUAACCAGCAGAAUUCAGAGUUGAAUUUUUGCAGGCAAAUCUGAUCGAGGAGAAUUCACUGGAGAAUCUCCACCCAGUCCCGAGUUCAUUUCAGCUCUUCAAAGCAUCUUCCCACACCCCACAAUCUUAGCAUUUUUCUUCCUCAUUAAUGACCCCACCUGGGAAGUUCAACCAUGCCGCCUCCUGCUCAGUGGGGAUUUCUUUCUUGCUCUUUGUGUCUUGUAGCAGUACCUUUGCCUCCACCUGGCCUAUUCCCCACUAUGCUGUGCACAUUGCUACUAUUGGCAGAAGGGAGAGAGGAGCAAAAUUGCGUGGGAUCUCAUGCAGCCUAACAGCGAGAAGGUGUCCAGACAUGUCCAGGCCGAAAAGGAGAAAGGAAAAGAAAAUAAUAUAUAACAACAAUUGCUUGGGAGAUGCUUGUUAAAAAUAUAACUCAGCCCAGAGGAAGAAUCCUUCCAAAUUUUUUGAGGGGAGGGGAGUAGCUAAUGGCUUUGCUCUCUUAAUGAUGCUCUCCCUGCCCCAUAGCAUAGCAGCAAAGGCCCUUGGAGUGAUUGGGUGUUUUUGCAAGCCUGGAUUGGCUUCAGCUGUAAAACUGAAUCUGAGGAUGGUUUGGACUAGGUUCUGCGUCCAGAAACAUUCUUUGCAUUGGGUUCUUCUUCCCCAAAUCCCUCUUCCUCUCAGUUGUACAACAGGUGGCAACAGACCCCCAAAUUCAGGAAGCUGAGUGUGGGGGUUGGGGAGGAGCUAAGGGGAUGUACACAGCUCAAAUUUUAUUUUAAUUCUAAAAAAUAGGGCAAACCAGGGUGGUCAAAUCUAUUUGGAACCUAUCAUGCUGGCUGUCCUUUUGGAUCAUGUAUGUUUGUGGAGGCUGUGUGGCAGAGAAAAGCAUUCUGCUCAUGCUCAGAGGCAUUCCUCAGCCAGCGCAGCAGAAUGCAUGGUUUAGAAAUUAAUGAAUGGCUAGAAACAGGUUCGAGGAUGGGAUCCUUACUUUACAUUCCCUGUUCUAAAUGUUUAUAAGCAGGCUACAGUUACUCAGUUAUUGAAAUUAAUGGGUUGUAUUCAACUAAGUCCUACUCAGAGUAGACUGGUUGAAAUGAAUUAACCUACUUUCAUCAUGUCUAUUAACUUCAGUGGGUCUACCCUGAGUAGGACUAGCAUUAAAUACCACCCAAUUUUAUAGGAAAGCUAUGCUUACUGUUCACUUUCGUGUCACCUGUAUUCUGAGGCAUUUAAAAAAAAAAGGCCCGCUUUGGUGAACUGAGCCACACAUGACUUGAGUUUCCAGGACAAUUAUUUACCUAGAUAUGAACAAGUCCAAUCCUUGGUAUUUUCCUGCCCUUGAAGGUGGCUGUGUGUCCUACUUUACAGAAGACAGCCCUCUGUUUGAAGGGCAAUCUGUUCCAAGUCCAGUUUAAAGAUAAAGAGCCCUUAGAAGGGAGACUGCAGGGGCCUGGAGGUUGCCCCGGUUAGCUGCAUCUGGACCGCAGAUUGAGCAGGUACACAGGACAUUUAAUUAGUUUUCCCCACUAUGGUGAGAAGUACUGUACUUCUAUUUAAAAUGAUAGCUACACUUUCUAAAUUUGUGUCUAUGCAUAUAAGCAUAUGCGAUUUUAUGCAAAUCUACUCUCUUUGGCUCUUUUUUUGGCAAUACGCAUACGGCCGUCCUGCUGCCCAUAGAUUUUCAGCCAGUCUUCAGAGUCAGAUGGAGGCAUAUUUGAAUGACAAAUGCACUGAGAAAAUGCCCAUUGAACCCCCACAAUCCACAUGGAAACAGUGUCAUCUAGGGUGGUGACCCAUUUGCUCAUCCAAACAGUGGUACUAACCAAUAAUGGUAGACAAUCUCCAUGUGCUCCUUGGUCCUGCAAAGCACCUCUCUUUCAUGUGACCUUUGCUCAGGAACUUUGUGGGGAAACGGAACAAGCCCAGAUGUCUAAUGUCAAAAUAGCCUCUGGCUCCAGAAAACCACAAUGACCCAGACUAUCUAGAACAAGAUGCAUGUGUGUGUGUUUAAGUAAAUCUGGACAAAUUUUGGGAUGAGAAAAAGCUCGGGUUAUAUGUGGUAGCCCAAACCUUCCAGAAAGGCCAAGCAUUAAAUCUGAAUGUUGGUGGCAGUUUCGACCCCUGUCUGCUGCAAGCAGGAGAAGGCAGCUUACCAAAAGUGAGUAGGCCAUCAUUUCCCUUAUGGUCGCAAGAAGGAACCCCACAAAGAAGUUGGCUCAUGGGUGAAUCUGCCGGGUGCAUUUCGUGCAGCACGCUGUCCAUUGAGCGACUGCCAAAUACCAAAGACACCUGCUGCUUUCCCACACCCACUUCUCUCUCGUCCGCCACUCUCUUCGCCUCAGGGAAACCUCAUGUGGGGGAGGGGGAGGCGGGAGCAGUUCCCAGAAGCCAGAGAAGCAGGCCGAGCCAGGAUUCCAAUGAGAUGGCCCAAUUGUGUGGGGCAGAGAAGGGUGUGUUGUACACCUGUCUCCUUUGCAACCCAGGCCUUAAUAUGUUUUUAUUUGCACUUCUCUGGUGAACCUAUGUUGUGCAUGCUUUCUGUUAUUUUUGUUGUUGUGUGUAAUUUUAACUGGAAAUCUUAUAUUUUUGAUAUAAAAUCUUCAUCCCUUGUCAGGAAAAUUCCCUCUAAAUUUCCCAUACAGUACUCUCCCCACAGUAUUUUUUUGGGAGGGGAGGGGCAGGUUUGAUUCGAUGAAACCAAGGCCAAUUGCAAAGGAAACAGGUUUUUUUUCUUGCUUUCUGUACCUUACUCCAUCCAAAAAACUUAUUUAAACAUGAAAUGGUUUGUGUUUUGUAUUAAAAAUUAUUGUAAUUACUUCCCUGCCCCACCCUACCCCAACUAUCAGUAAAGCCCUUGAGCAAAUACCAACAAAAACUGGAUUUCCCUGCUAGCUGAAGUGUAAUGAAAUUAAAAGGAAGGAAUUUUAGGGAGGGAAGGAAAAGCGAAACAAGGAAAAGGUUAUGUAUCUCAGAUUGGAGUCUUGAAAUCUCACAACCUAGGCUGCUUCUGUUCACAGAUGGAGGUACUAGUAGUGGUGUUGCCAACUCUUGCUAACUCCUGAAGACCCUCAGUUUCCUUCAGACAUCUUAACCAAGCUUCUAGUCCUCCUGAUUACUCAGCUGCUGCAAUUGCCUUGGCGUAUUAGUUACAGUCAAGAGCAUCCAAUAUGCCCUUCCUGCCUUUAAAGGACAGAAACAGCCAGCUGGGAUAAGCUUCCUCACAUCCCCCAGUUCCUAAUUCCAGCACUUAUUUUUUAAAAAGUAAAUCCAUCCUGCUGCCCUACAAACCCUGUGUUUCUGAGGUCACAAACAAUGUGAGGUCAAGAUGUGGUUACUCGGUAGUGAAAGCAAAUUUAUUUUAUUUUAUUUAUUUAUUUAUUUUAUUAAGCUUAUAUACCGCCCGACUAGCAACAGCUCUCUGGGCGGUGAACAUUAAAAAUACAAUAAAAAUAACACAAUACAGUAUAUCACAAUACAAAACUGUACAAAAAACUGUACAGUCUAAAAUCAAAAUAUAAUAAUUUAGAAUUAACAGGAAUUAAAAUGCCUCAGAGAAGAGAAAGGUUUUAACCUGGCGCCAAAAAGAUGAUAGUGUCGGCGCCAGGCGCACCUCCUCGGGGAGACCAUUCCAUAGUUCGGGGGCCACCACUGAGAAGGCCCUAGAUCUUGUCACCACUCUCCGGGCUUCCCUAUGAGUCGGAACCCGGAGGAGGGCCUUCGUAGUAGACCGUAGUGUACGGGCCGGUUCAUAUCGGGAGAGGCGUUCCGACAGAUAUCGUGGUCCCACGCCGUAUAAGUCUUUAUAGGUAAGUACCAACACUUUGAAUCUGGCCCGGAAGCAUAUUGGAAGCUAGUGCAAACGGGCUAGCACAGGUGUUAUAUGCUCAGACCGCUUAGUUCUUGUUAGCAGUCUGGCCGCCGCAUUUUGCGCUAGCUGUAGCUUCCGAAUCGUCUUCAAAGGUAGCCCUACGUAAAGCGCAUUGCAGUAGUCCAGACGCGAGGUUACCAUAGCAUGUACCACUGAUGUGAGGUCCUCCUUACUCAGAUCGGGACGUAGCUGGGCUACCAACCGAAGUUGGUAGAACGCAUUCCGGGCCACCAAGGCUACAUGAGCCUCAAGUGUGAGGGAAGAGUCUAAGAUGACUCCCAGACUAUGCACCUGUUCCUUUAGGGGGAGUGUAACCCCAUCCAGGACAGGGUAUAUAUCCACCAUCCGAUCAGAGAAACCAAAGUAUGAACUUUGUGCAUACUCAGAGUCACUUUUCUUAUUACUGACAUUCCUGAUUUUUGGCACUCGUACUGAAAACAGAUUCCAAGGCUUAAAUUAAUCCUGACUGUUUUUGCUAGUCUUUUGCCUUUAGCAGAAACAUUCCCAUGCAGUUUUCACGUUUUUCUUCACAGCCAUGAGGACUGGAAACCUGUUUCCAUUUAAAUAAACAAAUGGGGGGGGGGAACAAAUUCAGAUUGCAAUCCCAUGCACACACUUACUAGGAAGUAUGAAAUAAAUGACACUUGUUUUUUAAUAAUUGUAUUUACAACUGAGCUAUGUGCCUCACUUUUUACCAUCAUUCAGCAGUUUCUAUGGCAACUGUAAACUCUUUGCUAGCUUCUUACCAUUACCCUUGUGAGUUGACUAGCCCAGAAGGCAAUAUGAGGAAUGGCUCAUUUCCAGUAGAUAUGAAGUAACUAGUUAUAUAGCCAUGGGACAUUUCACUUUCUCCCUCCCGCCAUGAUUCCAUAAGAAAUUUUGGCUGAGAGGGGCAAAAGCAAACUGCUCGGGAGAUCCAAAAGCCUAUUUCUUCAUCUUGACUGAGAAGGGUAAGGAGCCUUGUUAGAAAAAGGCUUAAAUCCCCUGCACCUAGACAGUCCAAAUGCUGAGCAAGUAGAUGUUUUGGUUGGUUGGUUUGAGAUGUGUGUAGCAAUUAUUAUUAUCAGCCAUGAUUAUCAAUGGCAUUUCACAAGUGAGUAGGCCAGAAUGUCCCACAUUUGGUGUAAUGCUUUUGCCUAAUGCCUGCCUGUAGUCGGCAUGUUACUAGAGGCAGAUUGUGUGCGGCUUAGAAGCACUGAUAGGAUCAGUAGUGGAGCAAAUUUUUUAGUAGGAUCCUGUUCUCUCCCACCCUUCUCCCACCGACCCACCCCGUGAUAAUGUAGAGCAGUUCUAGGGAUAUAAAAGGCUGUGGCCUUAUUAUAACAAACUAGAAGAUUCUGCUUUUAUGUAUGAAAAUAUUAUGGAAGGCUAUUUUUUUUUUAAUGAAACUCAAAGUCUCAGGAUUAUUAGAACAGCAGCUGUUGCUGCUGCCACAGCUCAGCUUUUGUUUAUGUCUUGAUCUGUCUUUGGCCAGGAGGCUGGAAGUGGAAGAGCAAUGUGUGUUUUAGAAGGGGGGGGGGGAAUAGAGGUAUGUAGCGUUAGGUAAUCAAGCUGUGCCAUUAAGUUAUAAUUAAAGGAUGCCUUUUUUAAAAAAAAUGAGGGCUAGCAAUUGCCUUUUUUAAAAAAAUCAAAAGCUAUAAACUCUCAGGAUGUGCAGCUCUGAAACUUUAGCUAUGGUAACCACAAAAUCUUCCCUGACCUGUCCCAGCCCAGAUCUUUUGUAUGUUUUGACUUGACUGAGCCAGGAGGAGGGUACAGUGGAAAAAAGUAAUGUUAAUAAAUCUUCCUUGGCAAAGAUGUGUAAAUACGUGUUAGAAUUGAAUAGAAGACUCUGAGCCACUGAGUAGCUUCUGUUCUUCUUAAUGGGAUAUUCCCAGUAAAUCAGGAUCCUUUUGGCUAGCUCCGUGAGUUUAAUAAUUGUCCUGGAAAUGCAUAAGGGACACUUUUUGAAAAUGGGGGUUUCUUUCUAGGAGUUUGGUGAUGCUCACCAGGGAGUGGGGUGGGGGCGUAGCUGAAAGUUACAAGACCAAGAGGCUCAACAAGAGGAAAAUCUGGAAGUGAAUUACAUUGCUCUGUGGGAAUGAAUUUGGUCUGCUGGAAACCAUAUAUGAAGUAUUUGCCUCUCUACAUCAGUUGCUGGGGAGGGUGCUGUUGCACUCAGGUUCUGCUUGUAGGCUUCCCACAGGCAUCUGACUGGUCAAUAUGAAGGCUGUAUACACGCCAUACAUUUAAAACACAUUUAAAGCAUGUUUCCCCUUCUCCCCCAAGAAUCCUGGGAACUGUACUUAUCUGUAGGUGAUAGCAAAGGGCAGUGUUUUUUGUGUGUGCGGGGGGGGGGGGGAGAGGCUAGUUUCUUUCUCUCCCAAUAGCAAAUAUAUAUAGAAUUAAAAUGAAAUUUCAGGAAGUUUGGUAUUUAGCAGUUAUUUCUAAAUGAAAAUUCCUGUUUCUGUGAUGGGAGUUCCUGGAUACCAGCAAGCUCUAAAUCUGAGCCCUGGAAUGGAAAUUUUGUCCACCAAAUUGAGUCUUGGAAUACUGAUGUUAUUUAGCAAAUCACUCACUUAAACAUACCAAAUCAUUAGCAUGUCUUUAUUUUUAUUAAGGAAAAACAAACAAUGCUUGUUCUUGGAAUAUUUGGAAGUCAGAUACCAAAUCUGAGUUUCAAAAACCUCUCUCUAAGUCACUCUCUCUGUUUUUGCCCACAACUCAAAUCAAAAGUGACCACUGGGUUCUUUCAAUAGACAGUUAGUAAAUACAGAUAAUUUUCCAAGUUGUGACUUAUCAUGGUAGAGAAAUCUAAAAUGUAGAAAACAAAGAAGGAGGCUUUUAACUUGUUACAUGCACAGUGUGGUAACUUCUUAACCUAUGGCUAAAAUCCACUCCUAAAACAGCAAAGGCACUCCUGGCAUACACAUUUUUUGUGUGUGCACAUUUACUAUGAAGUAAGUCCCACUAAGUUCAGUGGGGUUUACUCCCAUAUAAGUGCAUAGUAUUGCAACCUUGAAACGCAAAUAUUCCAUUUUUAAAUGAUGGACUUGCCUCUGUGUGUGUGUGCACGCUCACAUGUGUGUUUUACUAUGAAUAUUGCAACAUACAAGUUUGGAUUACUGGGAGAUAAUUAUUUUCCCCAAAUAGUUAUGGAGGAGCAAGAAGCAAGGACCUCUCUGUCUUGAUAGAGUUUGUUGGUUUGUUAUCUGGGGCAGCAAAAGUCAGGUUGUCCAGCCUUAAUAAUAAUAAUGAAAAAGACUGACUUCAGUAUGGCAGUUUUUUGCAGUUCAGAUGUGAGCUGUGAAUGCCACUCUGAAAAGAUGCACAGCCAGAUCUAGUGUUCAACACUGAUAAGAUUUUAGCCUUGGUGGUUGUCUGUGCUUGAUGCUGGGCAUGGACGAUGUGGGAUGUUGGGUUACUUUCAGCUGGGUGAGCUAAUGUAAUGACAAAAAAGCAACACACCUCCUGCCCUUCUCUUUUCUUUCUCUCUUCAACCCCCCCAAUCCCUUCACUCCUCUUCUAGUGCUGUUUCUUGCACAUCCUGGUAGGGAGAUAUGCUGUAGGAUUUAUCUAGCUGUGAAACAUAUGGGGAUGAAGA